GGGAGGAGAAGGAGGAGGAGAAAGAGGGAGAGAAACUUGCGGGAGGGGGGGGCACACCAGGCAGUCAAAUCUGGAAGGCAGGCUUGGCUUGUUUAUCUUAAAAUAACAACUGAUCCAACAAAAUUACAAGGAACACAAGGAAAAUUUACCAGAGUGGUUCCAAAGAAGUUGGGAACACAGUGAACUGGAAACGGUCGGGUCCUGAAGGAAUGGGGAGCGCAGGGAGAGAGGUACAGAUGGAGGGGUGGUGGAGAGAGGUGAAGACCUCGGGGGAAUAUCCCCUCUGACUGAACGAGAGGUGAGAGCAGCUCAGGCCCUCUGAGCAGAGCACGCCCGGCGCACGGAAAAGAGAGAGAGAGAGAGGGAGGGAGGGAGGAGGAGUGACUGAGAGGAAGAGAAGUAGAAGAGUGUGGAGGGAGUGUACAGGAGGAGAGGCAAAGUGAGGGCUGGGACAGAAGGGGAGGUGAGGAGAGGGAGGAGAGAGCUGGUUUCCCCUGCGCGGGUAAAUUAUUGAUGUGGAUGAGUGUUCCUGAGUGUCAGGCACACAGGAGCCCGUGCUGUGGCUGAAGAUUCCAACGCAACUACUCCAGAGCAGCCCGUGGAAGGAGAGAGUGAGAGAGAGCGGGACGAAGGCCAGGGAAGAGGAGAGGACGAAGGGGGACCGCCGGCAGGAUGAGGGCUCUGCAGAAGAACCAGGGGCGCACAGACCAGGUGCUGGGCGCGAUGGCGGACAUGCUGACAUCCGUGACCUUGCCCCGCCAGCAGCAGCAGCAGUGGGUUUCAGAGGCCAGGAAAGAGCGCCUGCCGGUGGCCAAAGAGGGCCAGAGCGCCGAGCGGGGGUGCUGGGGUCCCGGGGUAGAGGGCAGGGAGCGGGGAUCCUCAGACAGUCUGGAGAACAGUGACAGACCAGGGGAAGAAUCCUACUCCGUGGGGGGCAGUGAGGGCAGUAUCUCCACCUCUGUGGCGUCUCUGCCCCCCCAGGCCUCGGGAAGCUCCGCCCCCAGCUCCCCCAGCUCCCGCCGCUCCGUCAGCACUCUGAAGAAGUGGCUGACCAAUCCCGUCCGCAAGCUGAGCUCCGCGGGCGCGGCCGGGGGCGGAGCCAAGGGCGAGCGACAGGUGCGCAGGCUGGAGGGCAAGCCUCCCCCUGCCCAGAAGAGCCAGGACCUGGGCCCCUCUCGGGCUCUGGAGGGAGGCUUCACCAUCCUACCCACUGCUGACCAAGAGCCGGAGUGGAGAGACGGUCCACUGAAGGCUGAAGGCGAGGGACAGACUCUGACUGACAGCUACCUGUCAGAACUACUGCAGGGAGACGGCACACUCACACACACACAGGAUAAUCAAUCCACAAGUCCUCAGGCAGAUGAUGAUGGCUUCACCUUGAUGGACGACACAUCCAGCCAAUCGUCAGCUACGAUAGACAGCGAGGAAGAGAGGAGGAGUGCCAUGGAGAAGAGCAUGUACGUGUUGAAUGAACUCAUAGAGACAGAGAAGCUGUAUGUGGCAGAUCUCUCCCACAUUGUGGAGGGCUACAUGGCCACUAUGAACACAAAGGGGGUUCCUGAGGACAUGAAGGGAAAGGAUAAGAUUGUGUUUGGGAAUAUUCACCAGAUUUACGACUGGCACAAAGAUUAUUUCCUGGAGGAGUUGAAUAAGAGUGUCUCUGAGCCAGAGAGGUUGGCACAACUGUUCAUCAAACACGAGCGACGUCUUCACAUGUACGUGGUUUACUGCCAGAACAAACCCAAGUCUGAACACAUUGUGUCUGAGUACAUAGAGACCUACUUUGAAGAGCUGAAACAACAGCUGGGACAUCGACUACAGCUGAACGACCUGCUCAUCAAACCUGUACAACGAAUCAUGAAAUACCAGCUCCUGCUGAAGGACUUCCUGAAGUACUACACUAAGGCAGGGAUGGACACAGUGGAGCUGGAGAAAGCGGUGGAGGUGAUGUGCUUCGUGCCUAAGCGCUGUAACGAUAUGAUGAACGUGGGGCGGCUGCAGGGAUUUGAGGGGAAGAUCACGGCUCAGGGAAAGCUGUUGCUGCAGGACACCUUCACGGUGACGGAGCAGGAGUACAGCUUCCUGUCUCGAGCCAAGGAGAGGCGGGUUUUCCUCUUUGAGCAGAUUGUCAUAUUCAGCGAACCAAUCGACCGCAAGAAGGGAUUCUCUCUCCCCGGGUAUAUCUUCAAGAACAGCAUCAAGGUCAGCUGUCUCGGCGUGGAGGCGUGUGUAGAGGGGGACCCCUGUCGCUUCGCCCUGACCUCCCGGGGAGCCGACGGGGCGGUGCUGCGCUUCGUCCUGCAGGCGGCCACGCCCGAGACCAGCCAGGCCUGGGUCAGCAGCGUGGGCCAGAUCCUGGAGACCCAGCGCAACUUCCUCAACGCCCUGCAGUCUCCCAUAGAGUACCAGCGGCGCGAGAGCAAGUCCAACAGCCUGGGCCGAGCCAUGCGGCCCCCCAUGGCCUCAGUCCUGCGGCCCCACUCCUCCGCCUCCAUCGACCGCCACCGCCUGCCCUGCCUGCAGUCCUACAACAGCUCCCUGCCCUCCAUCUACCUGCCCAGCCACGCCCCGCUGGAGCCCCGCGCGCAGCCAGAGUCUGCAUCAGUGAAACACUGCCCCAUGGGAUCCAACCCCGGCUCGCAGACGGUGUCCCCGGCCCACGUGCACCUGGCCUUCACAGAGCAGUCGGGCCUCCCCCUCGCACCCCCGCAUAGCCCGGGCGUGUCCAACGGGCUGGCUGCUCACAAUCUGCUCAGCACACAGAGAGGGAGCAAGGGUUGCCACAGCGUGCCUGCGGGGGAGGGGGGCCUGCCCACGGCCGGGUCGCCCACAGAGCGCAGACGUGGCAAGCUGGCUCUCCUGGACGAGGACGAACUCUGAACACGCAGACUCUCCAGCAGCGGUCCAAACGCGGUCCAAACGCGGUCCAAACACUCUCCUGUGCCCCUCCGCGUCUGAACUAGUCAUAGUUAAAAUAAUGAUUCCCGCUGUUAUUACUGUGGUUGAUAUUAUUUUCUAUUUUAUUUUCUGUUUUAAAUUUGACUUAUUUACAGAGGGACAGUUUGGUCUCUGAUGUUAAAGACUUUAUGAUUUUUUGUAUCAAGACAUCAGCGAUGAGACGCUUUGCAAAAUCUUUUUUAUCUUUUACUUCUUUUACUUCAUCAGCGUGAUCUGUUCAAGGGGAAAAUAGUUCAUUCCUCAAUUGGGAGGCCACUGGAGUGUAUGUGUGUGUGUAUGUGUGAGUGUGUGAGUGUGUGAGCGUGUGUGCGUGCAUUCGUGUGCGUGAGGGUGUGUGUGUGUGUGCGUGUGCGUGUGUGUAUGCCUGUUAAUGCAUGUGUGUGUGUAUAUGCAUGUGUAUGCACACAUUCCUGCGCUUGCUCAUGCAUGUGAGUGUGUGAGUGUGUGUGCUUGCAUGUAUGGCUCUUUCUAGAAGAAUGAUUUGAAUUUCCCCACGCCAAAAUACACCAAUCAAGAGGACAGAUCCUGCUCUGUCUCCCCUCCUCAUUGGCCGACGCAGGAGCAUUGUUUUUCAGUGAGCGGCCACAGGAAGCAGCUCUACCAAAGCUAUUUUCGGCACAGCGCCUCCUGCUCCUCCCAGAAUGCACAGCGACAACAAUGAAAGACAUUUCUAUGGAUGGAAAAACAGACGACAGAUACCUUUCGACUUCUGUAUAUAACUGUCCCGUAGACCGAUUGCUCCCUGGAGCUCCUGUCUCUGCAGAACAGAGACUGCAGUGUCUCUGGCCGCCCAGCCCUGGAGCGGCCGCUCUCUGAUAGCAGACCAUUACAGCAGACAGACUGCGCCUGACACACCGAGCUCACGCAAGGGUCACUGCCUUUGGAACUGAGCCACCCGAGCUUACGGACAGUGGUGUCACAGGCAGGGCGGUGCCAGAGAGCGAGAGGGCGUACCUGUCACGCAUGCCGCCUGUCCUGCUGUUUGGGAUGGGGAGCGAUGACAUUCAUGUUUUUCACCCCCAGUGUAAAUAUUGUCUGUUCGCAAAACACAGUGAAAUGAAUCGAGCUGGCAUUAAGCGGUAAGACACAGAGCAGCGUUCUGUGUAGUUAAAAUGCAGGUGUGUCAGACAGCGAGAGAACACUCACACACAAUACAGAUGAAUAAUGGAAAUAAUCCUUUUAAAAAGAAAACAUACACAAGUUCCAUGGGCUGGUGAAUAAUCGGUCUUGGUUUCUCCCAUGAGGGAGUCUUUUACUUUGCGAGCAUUUUUCCUACAUUAUUUCUGCAGCCCGGCAGUCCCUUGCCACAGUAACUACACAGGUCUAGAGUCCUGAUUAGAUGCUCCAAAAAUGGGGAAUUACAUUAAAAAAAUUCAAAUAAAAUAAUUUGAUUAUGAAUAGAAACCUGCAACAGAAUUCCACACAUGCACUGAUAGCGCAGGUCUCUCCUAGCCCCUAUUCAUAGAAGCCGGCCGCUAUAAGCAUACAUCAUACAUUUUGUCUUUAUCAUACAGUUUGCUUCACUGUUUCUUCAUAUAUUUUACUGAACUGGUCAGUUGGACGGAUGGUAUUGCUGUGUUUGUAUUCUCUUUUCUGUGCACAUCAGUGUGAGGGUAGGGGGGAGAGGGUGUCAGUCUGAUAGCAGCAAUGUGGUUUGUCUUCUGCUCUGAGUAGCAACUUAAAGCUUGUGUCACUCAGUGAACUCAGAGUUUACUCCAAUCAAUUAAAAUGUAAUCAUUACUAAUUAAAAUAUACUGAGUGGAAUGCAAUUAAUUUAGAAUUAAGAUGUUCUUCAAGGAUCUGGUAGAAGAAAUCUAGAAGUGUUGCUUUACUUCCUAAUUGAAAGUGACCAGCAGUCGUCCUAUUGUUUGAUUGAACCAGGACCAUGUUUAGAAUUGUUCAAUACUGCCCUCUGCUGCUUUCUUGGAAAAUUACACUGCUGUGCACACUGGUCAGUCUCCACCGGUCAGUCUCCCCCGGUCAGUCUCCACACUGGUCAGUCUCCACACCGGUCAGUCUCCACCGGUCAGUCUCCACACUGGUCAGUCUCCACACCGGUCAGUCUCCACCGGUCAGUCUCCACACCGGUCAGUCUCCACACUGGUCAGUCUCCACACCGGUCAGUCUCCACACCGGUCAGUCUCCACACCGGUCAGUCUCCACCGGUCAGUCUCCACACCAGUCAGUCUCCUGCUGUUCCAUCUUGGUGCCUCCCCUUGCAAGUGGGUAUUUCUUUCAACAUUAAUUGAAUUUCUGAAUUUUAACAAGCUAUUAGUUCUUUUUUUUAAAUGUCCUUCUCAGUUUGUCAUUUUUGAUAACUAACUAGCUUGUUGAAAAUAUGUGUCUCCCUCUAAUGUCCUUGCCAAGAAAAAAGCAAUGGAAGAAAUAUGAUGUGCUCUACCAAACAGUCGAGCAGAACAUUAAAAGGUUCAUUUCAAAUGAUGAGCCAUUUACCCAU